ACAUGUCAGUUGUCAUACAUGUCAACUGGAAUUGUUUUAUUUUGGAAUUUCGUAUUUUUACUUUUAUUUUUAUUGCAUUUCAAUGUAUUUUUAUAUUAAUGCUACAACGUAUUCUAAGUAUUAAGUACUCGCACUAACAUACUUUGUAAAUAAUGUAACAUCAGCUAUCAAUUUGUAUACACAGUGUAUUGAAUUUUGAUAAAAAUGACCGAUUUACAAAUUUGCCGAGUAUGUCUGGACUCAAACGUUCGCGUGCACCAGAUAUUAGGUUCCGAGGUGCAGAACGUGUAUGAGAAGUUAACUAAUAAGAAGGUUCUCAAGGAGGGGAGUCCACAUCAUGCAUGUUACAUGUGCUAUCGUCAGCUGCAGAAGUGUAGACAGCUUGUCAUUAAGGCACAGAGGGCUGAGGAGCUGCUCAUACAACUCUCGGAAAACUCUAUAAAGGAUCAUGAAUCAAUCUCCGUAAUCAAUAGACAGGCGAAUGGUCUUGUGUGUUACACUGUUGCUACCCUAGAAUGUUUCUCUAUACAUGAAGAUGUUAAAGAGGAAAAUGAUGUUAAAAGCGAUGGCAACAGAGUGUUCAAGAACGAACCGGAUGAGAGAGGUGCAUCAGAAUCAAAAAAAGCCCAUGAAGCUGAUAGUGAUGCUUCAGAGCCGUUCAAAGAUUUCACCGAUGGCCACGCGACUGAUUCUGAAGAUGACCUGCCUCUGAAGAGUAUCAGCGCGAGACAGACUCUGGACAGACGGGUCAAGGUCAAGAAGAUCGUAUUGGUGCGGAAACGGAAGGAAAAAGAUGCUCCAUUGGACGCCCGUGAAGUGCUGCUCACAAAGGAACAACAGUUAGAGGCAUUAUUUGAGCGAUCUAAGUCUUUGAACUACAUCAGUUCGCCUUUCAAAUGUGAAUUAUGUUACAAAGGAUUCCUGGACACGAGAGCGUAUGAGAAUCACAAGAGGAAACAUGACGCUCGCAGCGGCGCGUUCGAGUGCGAGGUGUGCCGCAUGCGGUACCGCUCGCCGCGCCUGCUGCGCACGCACGCCGCCGCCGCGCACGCGCGCCUCUUCCGCUGCAACAAGUGCGCGCACGCCGCGCACACCAUUAAUCAAGCAAGGGAACACGAGAAAUGGCACAACGGCCACACAUACGAAUGUCAACUUUGCGGACAAAAAUUCAGGAAGUCAACCUCGUACCUCACGCACAAACGCAAGAGGCACCCGACCGAACACGUGUGCCACAUCUGCGGCGAGAGCUUUGUGGGCAGGCACGGGUUGUUGAUGCACAAGAGCAAGACGCACAGGUGGGAUCAGCAGCCGCUAGUGAAGGAGGAGCCGACCCCCGAACGGUUCUGCGCGGAGUGUGACGUUCAGUUCGACACAACACACGCGUGGCAGCGGCACAUACUCACCUCUGUGAACCACACGCUAGGUGGCGACGGUUCCCAGUGCAAGAUCUGCCAUCAGAGGCUCUCGGGCGAGUCGAUGUCGGCACACAUGAGAGAACACGAGAAGUCUCUGCGACAGACCACGCUCGUGGCGAGGAAGCUGGUCAAACUAGCUUGCGAGCAGUGCGACGCGUACUUCGUGGGCCGCUCCAACCUGCGCGCGCACGUGCGGCGCGUGCACCUCGGCCUCAAGUACAACCGGAACGUCGUGUGCGAGCUGUGCGGCAAGAAGUGCACC